UCGUCUCACACACUCCUCAAAGCAUCUAACAUACUGGAAAAUCAAAGCGCUCGCUGCUCCUGCUCACACACUGCCUGCGCUUAGCGACAAGCGCACAACCCAAUAGAGUUUCCCUGUUUUCUGCUAAUUUCCACUCUGUUUUUAAUCGACACAUGCACUUUUUAGAUUAUUUUUAUUCCACUUUGGAUAACAAUGCAAGCGUGUAUUGUGUACCUAAAUACUUUCCCAAAAACUGUUUGAAUCUUUCGCAACUGAACAUGAGAAUUAUCUGUGAAAGCAGAUGAAAAUAGCAGAUUUUUAGGAAGAUGGACCGGAGGCUUCCGAGGAGGCGAUGGACGUUGGCAGGGCAGAUUGUGUGUCUGCUCCUGUGUGCGUGCGCACUGGACCGGGUUUCGGCGCAGAUUCGCUAUUCAGUUCCCGAGGAGUUGGAGCACGGGGCUUUCGUUGGAAAUAUCGCAGAGGACUUGGGCUUGGACGUAGCCAAAUUGUCUUCACGGAGAUUCCGGAUUGUAUCCGGGGCUAGAAAACAAUAUUUAGAAGUGAAUUUGGAGAACGGAAUUCUGUUUGUGAACGAGAAGAUCGACCGCGAAGAGCUGUGUGAACAAAGCACCAUUUGUUUCUUACACUUGCAGGUGGUCAUUGAGAACCCCUUGGAACUGUACCGGGUAGAAGUGGAGAUCUUGGACGUGAAUGAUAACGCUCCCAGUUUCCCGUGGAGCGAGUUUAAUCUGGAGAUCACGGAGUCUGCUGCGCCGGGCUCCCGGUUCCCACUGGAGAGCGCGCAGGAUCUGGAUGUGGGCUCGAACUCUCUCCGCUCGUACUUACUGAGCGCCAAUACACACUUCGUGCUAGACAUUCAGACGCGUAACGACGGCAGCAAGUUUGCAGAACUCGUUCUGCAAUCGCCGCUGGACCGAGAGCAGCAGAAGACGCACGAGAUGGUGCUCACGGCCGUGGACGGUGGCUCCCCGUUGCGCUCGGGCACGGCACAGAUCACGGUAACUGUGCUGGACGCGAAUGACAACGUGCCGGUGUUCGACCGCUCCGUGUACCGGGUCAGCCUGGUCGAAAACGCGCCUAGAGGCACGCUUGUCCUCAAAAUGAACGCCACGGACCUGGAUGAAGGCGCAAACGGCGAGAUCACCUAUUCGUUCAGCGGACAUGCGCCUCUAAAGGUGCGCGAGCUUUUCAGCAUGGAUUCUCACUCGGGUGAGAUCCGGGUGAAGGGAAUCGUGGACUACGAGAAGGCCAGCGUGUACGAGCUCUACGUGCAGGCGAAAGACAAGGGUCCCUCUGCCAUGGCCGUGCAUUGUAAAGUGCUGGUCGAUAUUCUAGACUUGAACGACAAUGCGCCCGAGGUCAUAUUAACCUCUGUGUCAACACCUGUUCAGGAGGACGCGCCACCGGGCACGGUGAUAGCUGUGAUUAGUGUAAUGGACCGGGACUCCGGAGAGAACGGAGCUGUGGAUUGCCAGAUCCCCGGAAAUGUCCCGUUCCAGUUGCACUCCUCCUUUAAAAACUAUUACACACUAGUGACCAGCGAGUCUCUCGACAGAGAGUCUGUCUCGGAGUACAACAUCACCCUCACGGCGCGAGAUCUUGGCUCGCCUCCGCUGUCCACCAGGAAGACGAUUCUGGUUCAAGUGUCUGACAUUAACGACAACCCGCCGCGCUUCAUUCAGCCCUCGUACACUGUAUAUGUGACCGAGAAUAACGCCCCGGGGGCUUCCAUUUGCUCGGUGACCGCAUUCGAUGCGGACUCUAAUCAGAACGCUUAUUUGUCCUACUCCAUCCUGGAGGGUCAGAUCCAGGGCAUGCCGGUGUCCACUUACGUCUCAAUCAAUUCUGAUAACGGCAACAUCUACGCGCUGCGGUCUUUUGAUUACGAGCAGCUCCGGAACUUUCAGAUCCGCGUCCAGGCGCUGGACGCCGGUUUCCCGCCGCUCAGCAGCAACGUGACCGUCAGUGUGUUCGUUUUGGAUCAGAAUGACAACGCGCCGGUCAUCCUGUCCCCACUUUCCAAAAACGGCACUGUUGCUAAUGAAAUCGUGCCCAGGUUGGUUGACGCUGGGUACCUUGUGGCUAAAAUCACGGCGCUUGACCCGGAUGCUGGGCAAAACUCUCGCCUGUCAUAUCAGAUGCUGCAGGCGACGGAUCCCGGGCUGUUCAGCGUGGCUUUAUACACCGGGGAGAUCAGAACAGUCCGCCGCUUUGUAGACAAAGAUGCCAUCAGGCAAAGACUUGUCAUACUUGUCAAGGACAACGGGCAUCCGCCGCUCUCGGCCACCGUGUCCAUAAUUCUGUCGGUGGUGGACAGCGUGCCGGAGUCGCUCUCCGACUUCGGUGACCUCUCGCUCAGCCCCCAGCCCCCGUCUAACCUCGCGCUAUAUUUAAUCGUGUCACUAAGCACCAUCUCGCUCAUCUUCCUCGUGGCCAUCAUCGUCCUGGCGGCCGUGAAGUGCUACAAAGACCGUGACUCCCUCGGCGGUUACGCGCUCUCCUCGUUCAGUACCGCCUGCUGCAGCUUUGAACCGGAGCCGCCCGCCGAGGUGUUCAAAAAGUCUAAUCUCAACCUGCAGAUCUCCACCGGCGCCAAAGUGCCCACGAACUGCGUGGAGGUAAACAGCAAUCCUGGAAACCUCUCUCAGACCUACUGCUACAAAGUGUGUUUGACGCCCGAAUCUGCAAAGAGCGACGUUAUGUUUCUCAAGCCUUGUAGUUCCGGCACACCGAGAAAUAACGCACCGAGAGGAGCGGAUAACCUGGCGCUGAGCUCACAGAGCCGCUGCUCGUCCGUGAACAACGGAGUGACUACACCGAAUGAGUUGAAACAAGCAAACACUGACUGGGCCCUAAACAAAAAUCAAACCUCCUCUCUGAAAAGUUGUAACUCUAUAAACAUGGAUGGCACACUGAUGAGAAAGGCAAUGCAGGCUGAACCAGAGAAUUAUAUGGGUCAAAUGGCUGCUGGACAAUACUGGACCUGGGGAACCCGCUCAAGAGAGUAUCGGAUGCACUCUCCAGCAGGUAGUGUUUCUCAGAGGGCCUGGACUCCUCACUACACACCCCAACACAAACCCACACACCAACCACAGCAGCAGCAGCCCACGGCACAGGUCCGCCCGGACCCUCCGCUCGAUUACCAGCACAACGUCUACAUCCCUGGCACACCGUCUGGCUUCUGCACCCUGCGGCCUAGAUACCGCAGUGAGCUUGACGUUCACAACUCUUUCUCCACCUUCGGAAAGAAACGUAGGUUCAUCUCGCCCAGCAGCUAUGACCCGUGUGAUGACAUGGGGACAGAGGUCAUCAACAAUGACUUAUAUAAUGAAUAAAAUAAGACAAAAGGACCUAUGCUGUGAUGAUGAACAAAAAGAGUGACUUAUUACCAAAGCAUUAUUAUGUAGUCUCAGCCUCAGAUGGACCGACACAGUCCAUUCAUUGACCAUCUGAUGCAUAUUGCACAUGCAAUGCAACUUCCGUUGAUUUAUGGAAGAAAAUUGUUUUCAAAUAAGACUAGAUAUUAUUUAUUAUGAUAUUAUUUUCAAUGGUUUUGCCAUAGUUUGCCUGGAUUGUGCUUCGAAUUUUAGAAAGUUAUACAGGAGUGGAACUGUAUAUCCCACUUUGUAUUCUGUCUGUGAACUUUUUACCAGGACAGAAAUUGUUCUCACAAAGCCUAAAAACGAACCUCCCCCAUUUUCCUGCAACCAUUUUGCAGAGAUUUUUAGAGUGCAACAGUGCCAUUUUCUCAGUGGACUUGUUUCCAGAAGUGUUUUUCCCAUUCACUUUUUUCCAUAAGGAUUAAAAAUAAAGAGUCUUCACUAAAAUGUUUUAAGCCAUAAACCAACCAAGCAGUUAUGAAUUUUAUCACAGCCUUACCGACUUUGAUU